UGUGGUUUUGUCCAGGCAAGGUGUAUACAUUCACUGUCCAUGCGACGCCAUGACAAGUACGGCGAGUUCUGCAUUGGGCUUGCCGUUGCUGCAAGCAGUGGAGGGUGAGCUUCAUAUUUGGGUGGAUGCUGAUGAAGGUGCUGAGGAGCUCGUCCAGCUGGCGCGCGCCGCGGUCGCUGCGAGCCCUGCGUCGCUGCGGGUGGCAGUAGAUGCGGAGUGGUCGGACCCACAUCCCAUCUCCCUGCUACAACUGGCCGUUUCCAUCGACGACGGACCUCCCACCGUCUUCCUGAUCGACAUGGUACGUCCACCGAGUGCGAGCAGCCUGGAGUGGUGUCGGAAGCUGCUCGUGGGUCAGCACGACAUCCUGGUCUUUAGCCCCAAGGAAGAUCAGAAACGCCUGCAGGAAGCCGGCUUGCUUCCAGGCGACGUGGUGUUGGAAGAGCUUGGAUGGAUCGAUGUGCAACGCUGGGACUGGGGCCUUGGCAAUCAGCCAGGCCUACAAGCUGUGGUUGCUUGGGCGUUAGGCCACUGGAUGGACAAGUCUCUUCAGACCUCUAACUGGGACCAGCGCCCCCUGAGCACUGCGCAGAAGGCCUAUGCAGCGCUGGAUGCUAGCGUCCUCCUCCGGCUGCACCGCUGCGACCGACGCGCGCUGCCCCAGCGGCGGCUGCGAGCAGAGCGGAGCGCCGAGGAGUCGCCCGAGCGAUUGAAGGACCUUCUGAUGUCCGAGGAGCAGGACCGCUGGAACAGCUACCGGCAGCAGCCUCAGCGCCAGCGGCCGCGCGUGAGAAACGGCGAAGCACGGGAGAAGAACGGCGACUUGUGCUUCAUCAUCCCGCCGGCGUUGAACCGUUUGAUGCGAAAGUUGCGGGGAUUGGGCCUUGACACCAAAAUCCUCAAGGAGGGCUCUCCUCAGCGGGAGCUGGUGGAAACUGCUGAGGAGGAAGACAGGAUCAUCCUCUACUACAACACCAAGAACCUCCUUCCGGCGCGCGUGUCGCACCGCACUUAUAUGCUUCGAAGCACCGUUCCUGACGAGCAACUGCGAGAGGUCAUUGAGGCCUUCGACGUGGACGUGGACUCCGACUGCUUGUGCGGGCGCUGUGUGCAGUGCAACGCCUGGGACUGGCAAUUGGUGGGGCGAGAGCAGGUGAAGAACAACCCACAGGUGGCUGAAAAGACCUUGGAGAGCUUCGAUGAGUUUUGGCUUUGCGGCGGCUGUGGCAAGAUCUAUUGGGAGGGCAAGAUGUUUGUGAAGGCCUUGAGCCACUUUCGAAGCUUCAUGCCGGAGGCGGAGCGCCAACGGGAAGAGCAACUUGAGGUGAGGACAAAGGAAUUAGAAGCUUUGGGCUGGAGCGUUGCUCGCAUCCGUGGCGCUUUGGUGCGCGAGGGGCUUUUGAGCGCUGAGCAAGCGCUGGAGGAAGAUGAAGUUGAAGUCGUUACCAAUGGGUACGCUUCAUCGACAUCCGCGGCACCUCAUGUUGCUGCCUGUGGCCGGCAGAGUUCAAGAGCCCUGCUGGCAGUGAUCCCGGCGCUGUGCCUCUUCACCGGUCGGUGCAGCGGAGGAGCACCGGUCGUGGCCGAGAGGAGCCAGCCUCUGCGGGUCCCGCAGGGCCUUUUGACGGCCCCUUCUCCACUCACUGCCCGGCCCCUCUUCCGGACGCCCACGUGUUGCACACCCGUGAGGCGCAAGGCUGCCAAGCAGCGUUCGUAGCGACCAGGACGACCAUGUCCUCUUUCAGUCGGUUUGGCACGCGCGGGUGCAAAAUGGGGGUCUC